AUGAUUAACAAAAGAAUAUCAGAUAAGCUGAAAUCGAAAAAUAUUUUGGUGACAAUGAGCAACACAAUGAUGAAGGACGUGGCUUUUAUAAAGGAAUGGAUCGCUAAAGAGCCGUACCUACCUCAGGACCUUGAUGAAUUCAUGAUCAAGAAGUUCUUGCACAGUUGCUAUGGCAGCUUGGAAGCUACAAAGAGAUGCAUUGACCGUUUCUGCUCAACUCGCAGUCAAAUGCCCGAAGUCUUCACAAAGAGAGAUCCUCAGGCCGAAAACGUGAAAACAGCGUUUUCCGUUACUCGCGUUUGUACAUAUAAAGCUGGUGAAGACGAAAUCCUGGUUCACCAUUACGACGACCCGGAACUGGAGCAUUUCUGCUUCUAUGACAUACUAAAGACCCUCACGAUGCAGGCCGACCAUUGGUUCAGAUAUCACGAUGUCUUUCCAAGCGGCCAUAUUGUUAUUCUAGAUAUGUCGUCCUUCUCUCUCAAAAUGGUGCCAAAGGCCAACGUUAUGUUCUUCCGAGAUUUUCUCCUUUACCUCCUGGAAGGUCUUCCAGUUCGCGUGAAGAAAGUUUUUGGAAUCAACGCGCCAUCAUACUAUGACAAACUUUAUUCUCUUGUUAAGCCAGUACUACCGGCGGAACUAUGUGACAUUAUCCACUUUUACCAUGACUUCGAGGGUCUUCAUAAGCACAUAGACAAGAAAUACUUACCCGCGGAAUACGGCGGAGAUGCCACAAGCGUUAAGGUUGAAGAUGAGGAUUGGAAAAGGAAAAUUAAUGAAAAUAGAGAGAUGUAUUUAAAUGACAAUUUAUGGAAAGCUGAUCUGAAGUUGAAACCUAAAGGUGACGGCAAUUCGAUGAACGGUUCAUUCAGGACUCUUUCGAUUGAUUAA